UUUACACAUGCAGUCUGUAAUGUACGACUACAGCUGCUAGCUACAGCGACGCAGACGCAAAGCGCGUGUCCGCUGAUGAGGCACACGCCCUCGCGCAUGAAGCAAGUCUGUAACGCAGAGCCAUUUCACCUGCAGCGCUUCAGUGGGACAGAUAGGACAGAUAGGACAGAGCCUCCGAGGGACAAACCAUGGAUGUGUAAAGAGAACUACCGACAUGUCUUCGCUGCUGUUAUGGAUGUAGAGAGGCUCUUCACGUCCAGCUCAUCUGCACCGAGCGUGGGGAGGUCAGUGAUGACAUCUCUACCCAGUUCCUAACCACAUCACCAUGGCAACGGGAAGAAAAGGAUCUACCUCGAAGGCCGGUGGGGUGCAUUUCCCUGACGACGACGAGCCUCCCGGCUCUCCAACACGGAGAGACGACGAGGCAAACCUCAGUACUCUCAUCGCUGUGCUCGAGAAGGAUGGAAGCUACCUGGUCAAGGCUGGUUUCCUGAGGAGCCACCACUGUUAUGAGAUUGUCUUCACCGUCCCAGAUGUCACCACGCUGGGCAAAGAGCUCUCCUGUCUUCCUUCCUCCUCUCCAAGCCGGAAGUUCCCCAGCCUCCGGGUCCAUCGUAUUACCUCCACACUGGAGGGAGGAGUGAAGGUAACAUGUGAGUACAGGACUCACCAGGAGGGGGUGCUGCAGGAGGAGCUCACUCUGGCGACCAGAGGGAGAAAAGGCAGCCAACUGAAGGUCACCUUCCAGGCCAGGGUCAUUGACCCACAUCACGGGACCCCCAUGCUGCUGGAGGGGGUGAGGUGUCUGGGUGCUCGGAAAGACGGCCACACAAAGCGCAGCAGCGACCAUGAGAGGAUUUGAUGGAAAGAUGCACUCAUAUCAUGAAUAUGUAUCUAUAACAGUGUUAUUGAGAGAGGUGUAAUGUGGAAACAACAGCAUGUAGUCCCAAAAUUAGAAACAGCUUUAUUUGACUGGGAAAUAAUGUCUACCAGGCUUUGUUCUGUUAUUGUGGUAUUCCAAAAUGUUUGUUGGAAAAUAACAGGUCGAACUAAUACUGUGGUCAGAAUGGUCAUAUAAGAUAAGUUCUGAUCAUGAGGCAAAAAGCUACAAAUACCAACAGCAUGCAGCUCUGGGAGACAUUAGACAACCAACUUAGAAAGCCAUGAGCCUCUGCUGUCGGAGGUACAGUGAACCAGCACUCAUCACUAGCCAGCUUACACAUUACACACACACGCAUACGCACUACAAUAUAUAUACUGUAUAUAUAAAUAAAUAAAUAAACUAUAUAUCAUUAUAUAUAUAUGUAUAUAUAUACACAGUAUAUAUAAAUAUAUAUAUAAUAUAUAUAUAUUUAUAUAUACACAGUAUAUAUAAAUAUACUAUAUAGUGUGCGAUGACACUUUACUAUCUUGAUGGUAUGUUACUCCUGUAUUUCUAAGUAGCCAUAAAUAAAUAGAGAGGAGAGCAUGAGGAUUUCCCAUAUAACCACACUGUCUGUUGUAUGUAUUUUAACUGUGGCUAGGAAUUUAAAUGAUAAAGUAUUAAGCAGCACAAUACUAUUUAAAUAUUUGAAUGUGUCAGCAGAAAGUGUCUUUUAAGACCAGAAAAUAUGAAUUGUUGACUAUCUGUGGUGUAGAACAGAAUCUGAAACAAAAACAGUUGAUCUCUGAUUAAGCAGUAAAUGUCAUUUUUUAUUAUUAUUAUUGUUAUUAUUAUUAUUGUUAUUAUUAUUAUUAUUAUUAUGUUAUCUUUUACAAAUAAGGAGUAAUUUGCGUUUUCUGUUUUGUAAAAACAUUUAAUUGCCUUAAGCAUCUUUUCUGCAUAGCCUUCUUCAUGUGUAUUAUGACAGCUUACAUCAGGGAUACAAUAAUAUGUCAUAUAUGAGUUGUUUUAAAUAUACUGUUAAUGGUCUAAUAGAGCAAUAGAUUGCAGGUUUUCCUUAUUUGCAUGAUUUACACUGUACUACACGAAGGGUAACCAAAUGAACUGUUCAGGUUGGCUGAAUGACCUUAUAGCAACACAAGCUACAUAAGCUGUAGGCUAUUUAUUACAUUAUAACUUCACUUUGUUACAGGAGUAGACAGAAUUUUUGGUGUAUUGUAUGAUUUGAAUAACUCUAAGAUAAUGUGUGUAUUUUUGGUAUCAGCUCCAUGCUAGCAUUUUAGCAUACACUGUGUUGAUUAAUAGACUCCAUGCUAAGCCUUUAGCCUUUGUUGGAAUGGAGCUCUACCAAAGACACAUUAUUGACCAAACCUUCUGAAUACAUUUCCUGUUUGGUUCAACAUUGUUUCUUGUGGACGUGCGGCCUGCAGCGAGUGUUCAGACAGUCUGCCCAUCACGACUUCAUCAUUUGUCUGUUUACCUGAAGUCAAUAAAGCAUCCUCUCACAUGUA